AUGGCGCCGGCAUUUACUUAUUAUGGCCUGAUCUGUCCCAUCCUCCCAUUCCGUGUUGCGCCGCCAGCCUCUUCUUCCUUGGGAUCUGAUCCAACCCACCUCGGUUUCAUCCCAAGCCCAACCAGCAAGCUUCCUCGCGAUUCCAUCCCUUCCACUCGUCCCUUUGUUCCCUGGACGCGUCCAACCGCCACAGGCCCCGCGUCCGUGCGUGUGAAGCUAUCCAUAGCCAGCGUUCGAUCUAGUUUGGAUCGGCGCUGCUACCUCCUCGCCCGAAGCUACCCGCCGGCCCCGCAAUUUCUCCUCUGGCGCCGAAGCUAUCGGAGCAAUCAGCCCCGCAGCCAGCAACCAGGGAGAUCCAUAGCGCCUGAAGCUGCAGUUACAGCAAGUGGCCAACGCCUCCGCAUCUUUGAUCUGGGCCGGAUCCACCCAGCUCCGUUGGUGCCCACUCGCCGGCGCUGCAGCCCCGUCAUGGAUGGCUUCUCCGCCCUGCAGCUCUCCGUCUCGCGUCGUUCUCCAACGGAUCCGGUCGAUGCUCGCUAGAUCCGCCCAUUCCCGGCCUCCGUUAGCCCCGUCGAAGCCUCCAAGUCCCUCCGGAUCGACGUUGAUCCCGUGUGGAACAGCCAUGGCCGAACCAGUUACAGAUAGGUUCAGACAUAGUCCCGUUUCAGUUUCAGUUCGUUUAGGAUCAGGUUCAGAGUAUGGUAUGCUCAUUUAGGAUGGAAUCCAAUCUAUUCACAAGCCACCACCUAGCCCAGCUGGUAAACAAUGUGAACCAAGACGCUUAGGUCUGGGGUUCGAAUCCCACCACUGGAUAUUUUUUUCUUGUUGAUGUGCAUGCGCCAUGGUGCUGCUACUUCUUUUCGGAAGAAUCCUGUGCUAUAUCACAAUAGAGUGCUAGCAAAGGUGGCUAGCGCAGCCAACUCUUAUGCAAGGGCAAUUGGGAUCGAAUCCCAGAUUGUCCCAUUUUUGUUUCUUCUUUUUUUUUCUUCUGCACUAGGAUUUUGUGAAUUUCAGAAGAAAAAAACAUCGAUUUUCUAACACCCGUAGCUUUUAGACCGUGUACCGGAUCGAGACAAGUUAUAUAUGAAACUUGACUAGAAUUUUGCGUA